AUGUUGCACGGCAUGUCCCCUGAAUGCGCGCUCUCGAAAUUGUUGUCGUCGCUGGAAUUCCACACCUUGUAUCGAUAUACCAUGACACAGAAACACAACUUCCCCUCCAACAACAAGGACACACUUCACCUCCCGCGCAUACUCUGCCUUCAUGGGGGUGGCACAAAUGCUCGCAUUUUCCGCGCGCAAUGUCGUGCCCUCGAAAAAGCCCUUCGUACUUCAUUUCGAUUGUGCUACGCCGAGGCUUUAUUCCCAUCCCAACCUGGACCCGAUGUCACGGCCGUCUAUCGUGAUUUUGGACCCUUCCGCGCGUGGAUCGAUUCACCGGACGCGAACCCGGUGACCAUGACUGAAGCACUGCAAAUUUCGAUCUGCAAGGCCAUUAUGGAAGACGAUCAGCGCGGUGCAACAGGACCCGUGGUUGGCCUACUCGGAUUUAGUCAGGGCGCAAAGGUGUGCGCCAGUCUCAUCUUGGAGCAGCAACUUCUUGGUCGGACGUUUGGAGAUCACAGUCAUUUGCCAUUCAGGCUUCCCCAAUGGCGGUUUGCGGUGCUACUGGCUGGGCGAGGGCCUCUGGUGACUCUGUCUCAUCUGUCAGUAGGCGCAGAUAUUAUGCAGAAGAUGGCUCAUCUCUGCGAAAAUGACGACUCUUCUGGUCUUGAUUCUCAAGAAAAUCUCGGAAACGUCAUUCUUACUCGAGAAUUAAUCCAGGUCCCAACGAUUCACGUUCAUGGCAGAAAAGAUCCAGCAUUAGAUCUACAUAGAAAGCUUUACUAUGACGAUUUCGAUCCGCGAUAUUCAAAAGUGAUGGAAUGGGACGGGGCACACAGGGUGCCACUGAAGUCGAAGGAUGUGGCCACUUUGGUGAAGGAGAUCAACGUGCUAUGGGCAUCAGUGUCUCAUUCUAACGUCCAGGGAUAGCAACUUUUGACUAGAAAUUAUUGUUUUAGACUAUUAUAGACGGUUUUAGACUAGAUAUCCUUUCCUUGCUUACCUUUUCUUGUACCUUUCCACUUCGCCGCUAUUGCGUUCAUCCUGGGACAGUUCCUUUUUCAGUGUACGUAGGUGGAAUGAAUCUAAUAAUAUACAUUUUC